AGCUCUAUUAAGACGUUUCUCAAACUUGCCCUUGUGUCACAAGACAACCAUCACCGAUCUCCAAGACGCUGAGGAAAGAGAAACCAACUGACCAUCAUGUUGUACAAAUUGUUACUAGUAAUAGUAGCUAUUUCAUGUGUGAACAGCUACGAAUGUACACAUAAUGGAAGGAAGUAUGGAGGAAGAUUCAAGAUCGACUGCAACACGUGUGUAUGUGGUGAAUAUGGCAAAGCAGUCUGUACAAAUUUACGUUGUGAUUACGGGCAGGAAUCUACUUGUAUCUAUCAAGGUAGACGUUACAGAGUAGGAGAGACAUUCCAGCAAUCCUGUAAUACAUGUGAAUGCAAACACGGUGGUCAGGUACAAUGUAGCAACAAAGACUGCCCUAAACAAUGUACUUACAACGGAAAGGUAUACCAAGAGGGUGAAGAAUUCCAAGACAAAUGUAAUAGAUGUAAAUGUCUUUCUUCUGGCUAUAUUCAGUGUACUAAUAACGUGUGUCAGUGCCAGUAUAAUGGUAAAGACUACAACGUUGGAGUGAGUUUCAAUGAUGGUUGUAAGACUUGCACCUGUCAAACUACAGGAACAGUGCAGUGUAACAGUGAUAGAUGUGGCUGUUAUUACAAAAAUUCACAAUAUCAAGAGGGUCAAACUUUCAUUGACGCUUGCAACACUUGCCGUUGUAUAAACGGACAAGUAGAUUGUACAACAAGAGUCUGUCAAUGUACUUACCAAGGACGGACCUAUAAUAUUGGCCAAAGAUUUGGUGAAUGUGAUGAAUGUCAAUGUUUGUUUAGUGGUACAGUCCAGUGUUCUAACAAGCGAUGCAAAUGCAUUUAUAACGGAAAUACCUACCGAAUUGGAGAAACAUUUCCAAACGGCUGCAAUACAUGCACGUGUAAAAUUGAUGGUAGUGUAGACUGCACUACAAAUCCAUGUACCUGUACAUACAAACACAGGGUUUAUAAUAUGGGACAGAAAUUCACUGAUGACUGUAAUACUUGUACAUGCCAACAUAACGGUCAAGUUGCGUGCACAUAUAGAAUGUGCAAAUGUAGUUAUAACAACCAGUUUUAUAAUAUAGGUCAAACAUUUAGAAAGGGAUGUAAUACGUGCACAUGCCAAGCCGAUGGUACCGUAGACUGCACUACAAAUCCAUGUACCUGUACUUACAAUCAUAAAGUUUAUAAUAUCGGACAGGCAUUCACUGAUGACUGUAACACUUGUACAUGUCAGCAUAACGGACAAGUAGAGUGCACAUAUAAAACGUGUCGAUGUACACGGAAAGGACGGUCUUAUAAAAUUGGUCAGACCUUUCAAGAAGAUUGUAACCAAUGCCAAUGUUUAUCAACUGGAUAUGUUCAAUGUACAACCAACGUUUGCAAAUGUACUUACAACAACCAGCUUUAUAAUGUAGGUCAAACAUUUAGACAAGGUUGUAAUACAUGUACGUGUGAAGUGAACGGUAGAGUCAGCUGUACUAAUAACCCUUGUAAUUGCUUAUACAAUGGAAACACCUAUGGAAUAGGGGAUUCAUUUAGAAAGGAUUGUAACACGUGCACAUGCAAAGCCGAUGGUACUGUAGGCUGUACUACUAAUCUAUGUACCUGCAAUUACAACGGCAAGCAUUACGACAUUGGUUCUAUAUGGUAUAAUGAUUGCAACAAAUGUCAGUGCACUUCUGAGGGAAGGGUGGUUUGUGAGCAGAAAACAUGCACGAAACCCUGUAUACACAAAGGAAAAACCUAUUCUGCUGGCGAAACAUUUAAAGAUGACUGCAACACCUGUACAUGCGGACAGUUUGGUCAAGUAUCCUGUACUAAAAUGUACUGUCCCCCAACUACAUGCCAAUAUUAUGGGAAAACUAUCCCAGAUGGAAAAACAUUUAUGACUCAAGAUAGAUGCAAUGUUUGUCGUUGUUCAAAUGGAAAUGUCAAGUGUACCAAAUACGAUUGUUAUAAAGAGAGGCGACGUUACUGAUGAAGAACAGUUAAUUUAUAUUGAUAUUUUUAAGAAUUGUAAAUAUUACAAACAUAACGUUUUUAAAUAAAACAUAUAUCUGCC